UAGAAUUGUAUAUGUCAGCGUGUGUGUAUGGGGGGAGGUGUGUGUGAGUGCGUACGUGCUAAAUAAAGCCUCUGUGCGUGAAACUUUGAAACAGUUUCACUUUGCUACGGAUUGAGGAAGAAGAAGAGGAAGCUCCGUCUUAGAAAACAGGCAUGAGGCAUGUAGACGAUGGACCCGCGGCACGAGCAUUAAGCUCAGAGCGUCCACUAUGACACCAUGUCCAGUCCUUGCUGAUAUCCACUGGACCGUGCCGUGUGUUCCAAGAAGGUGACCAUGGCCCAGGAUCUGGUGCUGAAGCAACGUAGCGAGAUCCUUUGUGGUCUAUGUGCCAGCGGGUCGCCCGAGCCCCUGGAGAGGGUAUUGGAUGUCCUCCUGGCCUGCGGGGAGUUUUCAUGGGAGGAUUACCACAACGUGCGAGUGCAGGGGAGGCCGCUUCAUGCCAACGCCAGGCAUCUGCUGGACCUGGUCUACGCCAAGGGGGAGGCCGCGUGCCAGGCUUUCACCGAGGCAAUCCGGGAGGUCCGGCCUGAAGACCCGGGGCGUGUCACCGGGAUGCUUCUGACCCGAAGGCCCACCUUGGUGGCAGAGCUCCAAAGCUGCAUGGACGGAGCUCUGGAAGCUCUGUUGGAAUCGGGAUGCUUCACCCACGAGGACUGUGGAGACGUACGCUUACCCAUACACACACCCUCGCAGCAGGCCAGACGUUUGUUGGAUCAUGUGAGCUCGAAAGGCGAGUCAGCAGCUAACGUGGUGCUACGCUACAUUGAGCAAAAGCAACAGUCUGGGUGCAACCUAAAAUCUGAGAAGACCACACCCGAAGAGCUCCUUAUAUAUCAGAAGAAGUUGCGCAGUUCUGUGUCGGCCCAGUCCAGCUUCCUCAAUACGUACGGAGGAACUGGACACAUGUUGCUUGAUGACAUCUACACUGAAGGCCAGCUGGAGCUGGCUCAGGACUGCAAGGAUCAAGGACAUCUGGGCUUAGAAGACAUCAUAGGUACAGCGGGCAAUGUGAAUCAGGAGGCAGACACGGUCCUGAUAUCCGGGGAUGCCGGCAGUGGUAAGAGCACCUUACUCCAGAGGCUACACCUUCUCUGGGCUCGAGGGGCCACCCUCCCCGAAUUCGUCCUCCUCUUCCCUUUCAGCUGUCGGAAGCUGAAUUCGGAACUCAAUGAGCUGUCGGUCCAAAAGCUACUCUUCCACCACUGCUGCUGGCCCGACCGCGACCAGGACGAGAUCUUUCGCUUUAUUCUGGACCACCCGCACCUCGUGGUCAUUACAUUUGACGGUCUUGAUGAGCUAAAGCAAAGCUUCUCGGACGAGCGCAGGGUCUGCUGCCCCACGGAGCCCGCCCCCGUGCAUGUACUAUUGUUCAACUUGCUCCAGGGGUCCCUCCUGAAGGGGGUGCGGAAGGUGGUGACCAGUCGUCCGGAGGCUGUGGGUUCAACGUUGAGGAAGCAUCUCCGCAAAGAACUCUUCCUUAAAGGCUUCUCCCCUGAUGGCAUAAACUGUUUUGUCAAGAAACAACACCACGAUUUGUCUGUGGCCUCUAAAGUCUUGGCAUCCAUUCAGGCCAACACAGCUUUAUUUGGACUUUGCCACAGUCCGGUCCUUUGCUGGAUUGUCUCGCAGUGCCACAAAGAGCUGCUGGGCUGUGGAGAUGGGACACCACAGACCAUAACGGACGUGUACCUCAUGAUCCUGCAGCACUUUUUGCAGCACCAAAACGCCUCGAAGUGUUCUGAGGGAGCCACUUUGCUUCAGGAGCACCUGGGUGGCAUCUUGCAUCUGGGUCAACUUGCUUUCCAGGGUGUAGAAGCUUCCUGUUAUGUCUUUGCUGGCACUGACCUGGAGACCUGCUGCGUUACGGACAAGGAAAUCUGUGCGGGCUUCCUCACCCAAAGCAAGGAAAUGUCAUUCCCCCAGAGUCUUCGGUACGAAUUCCUUCACGUGACCAUGCAGUGUUUCUUCGCUGCGCUUUACAUUGUUUUGUCCAACAACACGGACCGCUCCACUGUAGCUAAGCUGUUUGAGGCCGACUUCAGUAGCACCUGUUUUUGGUCCUGCUUGUCUGUGGACCACCGCCAAGGGCUGGCUGAAAACCCCAAUUCACAAAUCACAGCCACUUUCGUCUCCGGUCUCCUUUCCCAGAGACACAGACACCUGUGGCUGCACUGCACCCCGACAACCACCGUGGAGAAGAAAGCGCGACAGGUGGUCCGUUGCCUCCACAACGGCAUGCAGGAACACUUCAAGUCCAUCCCCCCGCCAGUUCAGUGUGAAAAAAAGAGCAUGCACGCCAUGCCGGGCUUUGUCUGGCUCAUCAAGUGCAUCUAUGAGAUGCGGGAGAGUAAUAUGGCCGAGGAGGUGUUGAGCCAGUUGGAGGUGGACCACCUGAAGAUGACCUACUGUAACAUCGGACCCGUGGAGUGCACAGCUCUGGCUUACGUGCUCAAGCACCUGAGGAGUCCCGUGGGAAUCGAGCUGGACAACAACUCUGUGGGCGAUGUGGGUGUUGAGCAGCUCCUUCCCUGUUUGCAUAUUUGCAAGUCCCUCUACCUCAGAAAUAAUAACAUCACUGAUGAAGGGAUUCGAAAACUGGUGGCAAAGGGAAUCCAGUGUGACAACUUCCAGAAAAUUGCACUCUUCAACAACAGGCUGACUGACGCUUGUACGCAACACGUUUCUCAUCUGCUGAAGACCAAGCAGAAUUUCCUCUCUUUGAGGCUAGGCAACAACAAUAUAACAUCGGAAGGAGCCAAACAGCUGGCUAAGGGGCUGGAAUGCAACCAUUCGUUGACCCAUUUGGGGCUUUGGGGCAAUAAGAUUGGCGAUUCAGGUGCAGAGGCCAUUGCUGGUGCUCUGGAGGGCAGCAAAACGUUAGCAUGGCUAAGUUUGGUGGGCAAUGGCGUGGGCAGCGCCGGAGCUCGUGCCCUGGCCAAGAUGCUCGAGAGUGGCACAUCACUGGAGGACCUGUGGUUAACCGAAAACUGCAUCACCAGAGAGGGCGUGGAUUGUUUAGUUCAAGCUCUGGAGCGUAACAAGCGUAUCAAGUCAGUAUGGUUGAGGAACAAUCACCUGAGCCCUGAGGAGGUGGUGGAGAUGACACGUCGUGAAUCAAGACUCAUCUUCUGAUGCUUUAAAAAAAAAAAAAAAUAUAUAUAUAUAUAUAUAUAUA